AUGUCAAACGCUGGCGAUUCCACCGGAGGUAGCCUUGGACGUUCAUUAGGAAACAAGCUGAAGGGCGCAUGGAAUGUAGUCGAGGGAGCCGGCGAUUCCCUUCGAGGCGGGGCGAUGGACUUCAUCGACGCGGCGACUGGCACGGAUGGUCAUCAUGCUGAGACCGAUAUUGGUAUUCAGAAAACGCAUGCAGGAAUGGCAGAGAUAAGGGGAAAUACCAGUGCGCCUGUAGAAACGACUCUUCCUCGUGCAACAGCGACCACUAGCGCCGCUCCGCCUCUUCCAGCUCGCUCAGGCAUACCUACAAGCAGUACAGAGGCUGACACUUCUCCCAAACCUCCACCUCGCGGAAGUGCUAAGGGAGAUGUGGCGACUGGGACAGCUGGUAGCAGUAUCCCCCCGUGA